UAAAAAUGGCGCCCUGGACUCUCCGUCUCUCACGCAAUCAUCAUGUUCCUCUUCCGGCCUCCAUGAGCUGCCAAUCUGUAGAGAUCCCACCUGUCUAAUGUCCUUAGCGCUGUACGAAGAAAGUGUAUUAUUACUGUGUUCACAGCUCGUCUUGAUUACAGAGGCUCACUCAUCAUGGCAUUAAGGAGUGUGAGUCGCCUGCUUGUGAACAGCCAGAGAUGUGUCCUCUUUACAGCUUCCAGAUCACAGAAAACUUCUGCAGCUUCUCCAUGGGAUGCAGAGAAGUCUGGCGAAAAGAAGCAAGUGAAAACACCUAAAGCGCAGUUUAACUGGCGGGAUGCUUUGGACCUGGAAGGUCUCCUGACGGAGGAGGAGAUCAUGAUUCGUGACUCCUUUCGCACCUACUGCCAGGAGAAACUCAUGCCGCGCAUCCUGAUGGCCAACAGAAAUGAAAUUUUUCAUCGUGAGAUUGUGUCUGAGAUGGGGGAACUUGGUGUUUUGGGGCCCACCAUUAAAGGUUACGGUUGUGCUGGCACAAGUUACGUGGCGUACGGUCUCAUCGCGCGUGAGGUGGAGCGAGUGGACAGCGGCUAUCGCUCGGUCAUGAGUGUGCAGUCCUCGCUGGUCAUGCACCCCAUCAAUGCUUACGGCACAGAGGAACAGAAGGAGAAAUACCUGCCCAGGCUGGCUCGAGGAGAGAUUCUAGGUUGUUUUGGAUUGACAGAACCAAACCAUGGCAGUGACCCGGGCAGCAUGGAGACCAGGGCCAAAUACAACCCAUCCAGUCGUACCUUCACCCUCACCGGCUCCAAGACAUGGAUUACGAACUCACCAGUGGCUGACAUCUGUGUGGUUUGGGCCAAAUGCGAGGAUGGGAAAGUACGCGGCUUCAUCUUGGAGCGUGGCAUGAAGGGUCUGUCCACGCCUAAGAUCGAAGGCAAGUUCUCCCUGCGGGCUUCAGCCACCGGCAUGAUCAUCAUGGACGAGGUGGAAGUGCCAGAGGAAAACCUGCUGCCCAAAGUUUCAGGACUGGCAGGUCCAUUCGGGUGUCUAAAUAAUGCUCGUUAUGGUAUUGCUUGGGGGGCUCUGGGAGCCGCAGAGUUUUGUUUCCAUGCCGCACGACAGUACACACUGGACAGAAUCCAGUUUGGAGUUCCUCUAGCCAGAAACCAGCUGAUCCAGAAGAAGAUGGCAGACAUGUUAACAGAGAUCGCCAUCGGCCUACAGUCGUGUCUUCAACUGGGCCGACUGAUAGAUGAGAAGAGAGCGGCACCAGAGAUGAUAUCUAUGCUGAAGAGGAACUCCUGCGGUAAAGCCCUGGAUAUCGCUAGACAAGCCCGAGAUAUGCUGGGAGGAAACGGCAUCGCAGACGAGUAUCACAUCAUUCGUCACGUCAUGAACCUGGAAGCCGUCAACACAUAUGAAGGUACCCAUGAUAUCCAUGCCCUGAUCCUGGGCAGAGCCAUCACUGGACUGCAGUCUUUCACGGUGGACAAAUGAGCUGCUGUCAUGUCCACUGUCAUAGCCCAUAUAGUCCCUGAAUGCUUUUAAAGUUUGCAUCAUUUACCAUUACAAAUGACUUGAAAUUGUCAGUACAAUAUUCUCUGAAUCUGGUGUUUAAAGGUGAAAAACAAAUGAUAGCAGUAUUUUAAUUAAUG